AUGCCAAUGGAUCUAAGUCUCGAGAGAGAUUGUAUGAAAGGUUACCUUUAUAAGUGGACAAAUUACUUGAAGGGAUAUCAAAAAAGAUGGUUCGUAUUACAAAAUGGCUUGUUGUCGUAUUACAGGAAUCCAGCAGAGAUGGCUCAUACCUGUCGUGGAACUAUCAAACUUGCGGAUGCUACUGUUAAGAAAAUAGGGACGGUCUAUUUAGAAAUCUCGAAUAGCAGUGCACAAAAAUUUCAUAUAAAGGCUAACUCUGAGAGUGAGCAACUAGCAUGGUUGUCAGCCCUUUCUAAUUCUAAAACAACUGCAGUGGCUUUACGGAAGCAAGGUUAUGAUUCAGAUGCGUAUGCUGAUGGAUAUGAAGAUGAUGAUGAUUACAAGACAUCGUCCACCACUGACGAAAAUGGAAUUAGGUUUAUUAACGAUGCGCUUGUAAAACUUGAAGCCCAUGUGACUGAUCUUGAACGUUAUCAGUUGGCAAUGAAUCGAAAAGGUGAGGAACUUCGGCGUUCUGUCGGUGAUGUAGAGUCUGCUCGUGAUCCCACUGAAUUAUUGCAACGUUUUAACUUGGCUCGUGAACGUGCCACGGUUUUCAAGGUCGCUAGUAUGGCGAUGGUUAAUUCUUGUUCUGAAUUUACGCAUUUUACUCGUGGACAGUUUGCACGAUGGCAGCGUAUAUUCAAUAAUCAAAAUGAACAUUGUGCUUUACUUGAAAAAAUGAUUGAACAAUUAGCUAAACAGUUACGUCAGUUAGAAUGUUUAACAAGACAAAAUAAUCCACAAUCAACCUUAACACUUGGAUCAAGUGGCGGGACUGUCAGUUCGUCGCUGAAUAUCAAGUCUGUUUGCCGACCUCCUGGCCAGGCAGUUCGUGUACAGCACCUACCACAUACUGAGACACAUCCUCAUGAAGAAAACGUCACCGCUUCACUGGAUAUUGCUCAUAAUACUACAUCAACUGAUGUUAGUGAAGAAAAUUCAAACAUUUGCACUGACAAGUCUUUGAAAGCCUCAGCAAAGCCUAUCAGCUCAUUAGAAUCGUCCGCUCAUCAUUUUCCUCACACUAGGGCAUUUAUAGAACAACAUUCAUCGCAGCAUAAUGAAGAUACUUCUGAUGACGACUUUUAUGAUGCAGAGGAGGCUAAUUCUGAAUUCUCAAUAACUCUGCCUGAUCUUUCACCGAAUGAAUCGAAAAAUAAUGGGAACAAAGCCUCUAGAAAAACUUGCGGAAAUUUGGCUAGUAACAAAUCGAAUGAUAAUCAGACAGGCUUAAACAAUUCUCAAGAUGAAGACUCUAUAAUACCUGCUGGUUCUGAUAUUGCUGACGAAUAUGAAUCCGAUGUGGGUUUCACUGACGAUGAAGCAGAUGAAUAUACUGAUCAAAAUUCACAAUCGAAUCAAUUCGGAAAGCUACGUGAAGCACGUGUUAUACAACCUCGUAGUAGACAAUGUGGCAGUCGAGCUGGCACUUUAGUUUCAUCUGGUGAUUGUCGAAUGACACAGGACAUACCUACGACUGGGGAAUCUAAUAGUCGUGGUCAUUACCAAUCUGAUUCAGAACCGGAUGUAAUUAAAAAACGUCUACCUAUUGUUAGAAGACUUUCUAUACCUCCGAAACCUAAUAUAAGUUUGAAUUUAUGGAGUAUCAUGAAAAAUUGCAUUGGAAAAGAGCUGACAAAAAUCCCGAUGCCUGUCAAUUUCAGUGAACCUUUAUCAAUGCUUCAACGUCUAACAGAAGAUUUCGAGUAUUCCUCAUGCUUAGAUCAUGCAGCUGCUUGUCAAGACUCUUUGGAACAAAUGGCAUAUGUGGCUGCUUUUACUGUAUCCGCUUACGCUACAACUGCAGUGCGUACGAACAAACCAUUUAAUCCUAUAUUGGGUGAAACAUAUGAGUGUGACAGAACUGAUGAUUUCGGCUGGAGAUCGUUUGCUGAGCAGGUCAGUCAUCAUCCACCAGCAUGUGCUUUACAUUGUGAAAGCAAUGCUUGGUAUUGUUGGUUUGAUUUUUCUAUGACAACUAAAUUCCGUGGCAAAUACUUACAGAUUAAUCCAGUUGGUACAUGCCAUUUAGUAUUUCGUCGAACAGGUCAUCAUUAUACAUGGCAUAAAAUUCCACUGACUGUUCAUAAUAUCAUUGUCGGACGUUUAUGGAUUGAUAAUAGUGGUGAAAUGGAUAUCAUAAAUCAUAAUACAGGUGAAAAGUGUCAUCUCUCUUACAAACCUUAUUCAUAUUUUUCUAAUGAGAAACCACGUCGGGUUACAGGUGCUGUACUUGACAAGUCUGGUGAUGUACGGUAUGUUUUAAAUGGUACAUGGGAUGAUUCACUCGAGUAUGCACCUGUAGUUAGUACUAGGCAUUCACGCAAUGGAAAACCAGUAUUGGAAACUGGACCUGCACGUGUUCUGUGGCAAAGUAAUCCUUUACCACCUGAUGCAGAACGAAUGUAUUGUUUCACGCGUUUAGCAUUGCAGCUGAACGAACCUGAUGAGGAUGUAUGUCCUACUGACUCUCGUUUGCGUCCUGAUCAACGUCUUAUGGAAGCCGGUCGUUGGGACGAAGCUAACAGGGCAAAAGUAGAACUCGAAGAACUACAGCGCCAACGGAGACGCCAAAUGGCUGCCGAAUUAGCCGCCCAGUCACUUGCUUCUAGCAAACAGGAUGAAACGAGCGACACACACAGUAAAUCUGAAAGCUCCGUUUCUGAACAAUAUAACAGUCACUCAAGUCCGUCUGCUAGUAACUUUCUCGAUAUUGUUGAUAGCCAGCAUAAACCACUGUGGUUUACAAAAGAAUUCGAUCAACUUACAAACAAAGAAAUGUAUAUAUUUACUGGGAAAUACUGGGAGCACAAAUUAAUUCAUGAUUGGUCAAUGUGUCCGAAGAUCUACUAAUCUUCACAAGUGCAGAAAAAAGGGAUAUACAUAUUCGCCGUACUACUAUUUUUAAUUUUUUUUUCUUGCCAGCGAAUAACUGAACUAAUCGUUAGAUAUUAUUUGUUUCCGUGUUACAGACACGGAAUUAUUCUUAUACUCUUACAAUAGUUAUAAUAUAUUGAGUAUUACCAAUAUUCAAGGUUGGUAUACACACACUUAGAUUUGUAAUGGUGUUCGAAUAAUUCAAGAUCAUUUCUCAUCAGUGUCUGUAAUUUUUCCAGAAGUUACCCUUUUCCCCUGAUUUCUGUUAAUAAUCAUGAAAAGAAGUCAUAAAGUUUAAUCUGAUGUUUAUCAGUACUAACACUUUCCCAUAUGCGUAUACUGCAUUAGUAACUAUUUAGUGUGACUGUAGUUCACUUUUCUCACUUGACUCCGUCCAGUUGCAUCUGAUAGCUACUUACUUCUACUUAUUAGCAAACAAAAUUUUUCAGUCAAAUCCAAACGUUACUCUGAUUUCUUACAUCAGGUAUACAAACUAAAUCCUGCUAUUUGAUUCAUGGUUGUUUCUUUCUUCAUACAUUUUCUUGAUCAGUUAUUUACUUUUGUGAAGAAAAAGCAUCAUAUCUGUCUAUAUUUAGUCGGCAUGUUCAUUUCUAUUUUUCCACCUGUUCUUUAUUUGUGUAGCAUAAAUUCCUCCUAGUGUUUACAAAAGACACUCAUUUUGUGAUUAAAAUCUCU